CGGUGGGAGGAGCUGAGUCGGGGUCGCGCCGCACCGCGCCGCGCCGGCCCGCACUUCUAAGCCGGAGAGAGAGGUCGGAGAUCAUGCCUGUGUUAGCGGCCCUUCUGCGGCGCGGCGUGCGCGGGCGCGGCCCCCUGCUUCAGAGGCGGGUGCAGGAAAUAAAGUAUGUGGAGCGAAGUUAUGUAUCAAAACCCACUUUGAAUGAAGUGGUCAUAGUAAGUGCUACAAGAACACCCAUUGGAUCCUUUCUAGGCAGUCUUUCAUCUCUGCCAGCCACUAAACUUGGUUCCAUUGCGAUUCAGGCAGCCAUUGAAAAGGCAGGGAUUCCAAAAGAAGAAGUGAAAGAAGCAUACAUGGGCAAUGUUCUACAAGGAGGUGAAGGACAGGCCCCUACAAGGCAAGCAGUACUGGGUGCAGGCUUACCUAUUUCUACUCCAUGUACCACUAUAAACAAAGUUUGUGCCUCAGGAAUGAAAGCCAUCAUGAUGGCCUCUCAGAAUCUUAUGUGUGGACAUCAGGACGUGAUGGUGGCCGGUGGGAUGGAGAGCAUGUCCAAUGUCCCCUAUGUAAUGAGCAGAGGGACAACACCGUAUGGUGGGGUGAAGCUGGAAGAUUUGAUUGUAAAAGAUGGGCUAACUGAUGUCUACAAUAAAAUUCAUAUGGGCAACUGUGCUGAAAAUACCGCAAAGAAGCUGAGCAUUGCACGAGAGGAACAGGAUGCUUAUGCUCUUAAUUCCUACACCAGAAGUAAAGCAGCAUGGGAAGCUGGAAGAUUUGGAAAUGAAGUUGUUCCUGUCACAAUUACAGUAAAAGGUAAACCAGAUGUAGUGGUAAAGGAAGAUGAAGAAUAUAAACGUGUUGAUUUUAGCAAAAUUCCAAAGCUGAAGACAGUUUUCCAAAGAGAAAAUGGUACAGUAACAGCUGCGAAUGCCAGCACGCUGAAUGAUGGAGCAGCUGCUGUGGUUCUGAUGACCGCAGAUGCAGCGAAGAGGCUCGGUGUUAAACCACUGGCAAGAAUAGCAGCAUUUGCUGAUGCUGCUGUAGAACCUAUUGAUUUUCCAGUUGCACCUGCAUAUGCUGUUCCUAAGGUUCUUAAAGAUGCAGGUUUGAAAAAAGAAGAUAUUAGUAUGUGGGAAGUAAAUGAAGCCUUCAGUCUGGUCGUACUGGCAAACAUUAAAAUGCUAGAGAUUGAUCCCCAAAAAGUGAAUAUCAAUGGAGGAGCUGUUUCUCUUGGACAUCCGAUUGGGAUGUCUGGAGCCAGAAUCGUUGUCCAUUUGGCUCAUGCGUUGAAGCAAGGAGAAUAUGGUCUUGCCAGUAUCUGCAACGGGGGAGGAGGUGCUUCCGCCAUGCUGAUCCAGAAGCUGUAGACGAUGGCUGCGGUCUAAGGCGACAGCCCUAUGUAGCCAGAAAGGCCUGCUGUAAUCAGGGUGACUUGUGUCAGAAUAAUCGCGUCCACCAGUAUCAGAACAAUCUAUUUAAAUUUUUAUUACUUUCAACUCUUUUUAAAAAAUAAGAUAAAAAGAUCAAAUCCCCAAACCUUUGAGAUUAUAGAAGUUUUUUCUUGUUUACAUUUUUUAUAAUGUUGAACAGAUUUUUAUUAUAAAGCUAUACUGUUUGAAAUACCAUUGUGCAUAAUUAUAUAGUGACUUACAAGUAGAAGCUUCCAUGUUAGAGAAUAAAUCUUAAUUUACAUUUUUGAGGAUUGUUAAAGAUUAAGUGAAUAUUACCUGUCACUAAUUUAGACUUAAUAGACUCUUCAAAGUGAGAGUAGUUAUUCUGUGCAAACUAGGAAUGCCUUAUAUUAUUAGUCAAGAAGCCAAAGACAUUGUGUGUAGUGUUGCUAGGAAUAAGAGGAAUCCAUGUGCUCAGGUCUGAAGUGGGUGCAACUUCUCAUAAGCUCAUCAUUCAGAGUUUGUUGGGGGUGAGGUUAGGGAUUUUGUUUUCAUUAAUACAGCAGCACAGAGAGUAGGAAAGAAGGUGGAAACUAAACUGAUCAACUGAAUGGAUUUAUGGAGAGAAGAGAUUGUCAUAUUCAGUAUGCUACAAUGCCUGUUCUUAAGCAGAUAAAAAUGCAGCAUAAGUGUCCCGAGUUGCAUCCUAUCUAGAGAAAAAAAAAAAAAAGAAAAACCACAUUGUAGGCAGGGUCGAUGCACACCAACCUCAGCUGUAGUUCAGAGAAGGGAAAGCUUCUGUCCAAGAUCAUACUGACAAUAGUGGGGGAUUGAGGGGACAGAAAUGUGGCAUUACAGAUCUCGUGUGGCAAGUAAUUAACAGUGAAUCCUUAUCUUUGAAGGAAAAAAAAUUAACAUAUGGAAAAAAACUGUUCUGAGGACUAUGACAAAGGCUACUUUAAAAAAUUUCUGUAUAGUAGUUAACAGCUAGCUCCCUUUUGCACAGACUGAUGUUGCAGCUGGAACUCCAAUACUUUGGCCUCCUGAUGCGAAGAGCUGACUCAUUUGAAAAGACCCUGAUGCUGGGAAAGAUUGAAGGCCAAAGGAGAAGGGAUUGGCAGAGGAUGAGAUAGUUAGAUAGCACCACUGACUCAAUGGAUAUGAACCUGAGCAAACUCCGGGAGAUGGUGAAGGACCUGGGAGCCUGGUGUGCUGCAGUCAGUGGGGUCGCAAAGAGUCAGACAUGACUUAGUGACUGAACAAGUUAACAGAAAUGUUAAUGUUCUGGGGAAACAUAGUAAAGAAAAAAUUCUUCAAACAUCUAGGUAGAAAAAUUGGAAGGCUUACUCCUUGUUUCUGUUAGAAAAACUGUCAGAAGACAAGUGAACAACGUCUACAUAUUUUUAAUGGAAUAAGAGUGAUGAAGAUGCCAGAAGGAGGAUCAAGGCAUGCAGCAGCUUAGAAAAUAUAGUACUCUGCUGUUGCCUUCAAAAAUGCCAAAGGUUUAUACCAGCACAUGGAGAGAGUAAUUGUGACUUUUAUAAUAUGAAAGUUAAAUUUUUAAAAAAUGAUUAAGGACUGACUAGGCAGCAAGGGAAGGUAAUGGUAAAACAGGGGUAAAAAAUACACUAGAUCAAAUGCCAGUGAAAGGAAAAAAGGAGUUCCACAUUUUAAAUUACUGUGGAUGAUAAAAGCUGAAAAACCCAGUAAGUAAGAGAAGACUGGCAUACAUCAUCAAUUAUUAGACAGCAAUGCAGAAAGUGUUAGAAUAGGACAAGAACUAUUCUGUAUAAGGACAAUUACUCAAAAUGAAGUUAGGGAGAAACCGAAGAUGGUCACAGAAGAAUUGGCUUUUAUGAAGGAUGACAUGAGAAUUUAGCAUGCAUUUAGGAGCUGAUGGGGACCCUCCCUGGAGACUGGGGAAGCCAGCAGAUAACAUACCAUCUAUACCUUCUCACUUAAACCCACUCAACUUACUGUUAGUCACUCAGUUGUGUCCAACUCUUUGUGACCCCCAUGGACUGUAGCCCACCGGGUUCUUCUGUUAAUGGAAUUCUCCAGGCAAUAAUACUGGAGUGGGUAGCCUUUUCCUCAUCCAGGGAUUGAACCUGAGUCUCCUGCAUUGCAGGCAGAUUCCUUACCAUCUGAGCCAUCAGGGAAGCCCUUUAGCCCACUUGCUGUUGUUCAGUCACUCAGUUGUGUCUGACUCUUCGCGACCCCAUGGUCUGCAGCAUGCCAGGCCUCCCUGUCCCUCACUAGCUCCUGGAGUUUACCCAAGUUCAUGUCCUUUGCAUUGGUGAUGCCGUCCAGCCAGCUCAUCCCCUGAUGCCCUCUUCUCCUUCUGUCCUCAGUCUUUCGCAGUGUCAGGACUUUUCCAGUGAGUUGUCUUUCCACUGCACAUUGACAGUAUCUCACUAAAAGGAGCUUACACACGUCUGCUGCUUCCACUUCUGUAGCUGCCAUGAAGGGAGAGGCCCCUGGAUCACCUGGCUCUAAUAGCCAGCAGGAUUUAUGCUUACAGUGCCAUGGAUCUGUAGCAAACAAUCAGUUAUAAAUGGGUAUAGUGGUCCUGCCCACACCUCACAAGGGUCUAUACCUGGGCUCAGUGUAGAGGGAGCAUGCAAAAAAGCCCAUCACCCUGAUUUCUCCUUGGGAGAGCCCUGACUACUUUUCCUGUUGCUGCCUACAGUACAGCUUUCAGUCAGCUUGCAUCCAAGUACUAACUGCAGUCUUCCUCUUUAGGAUGCUGACAGGUCUUAAACACUCUCAAGUACUGCGAGCCACUAAGAACAAAGAAGGCAGCAUGGAAAAUCACAAAAGUUUGAGACAGGAAGGAGCUCUGGCCAAGCUGAUGUAUAAGAUUCCCUUACACAAGAUCACUCUGUCAAGACUGAGAGAGUAGCUGUUUCAUCUAAGAAGAAGACAACAUAAAUAGUCAGUGAAAAUGAAAAAUGAGGAUAUGUUUCAAACAGAAGAAUGAGAUGAAACUCCAGAAACAGACCUUAAUGAAACAGAGAUAAGUGAUUUAUUUAAUAAAGAAUUAAAAAUAAUGGUCAUAAAGAUGCUCACUGAGAUCAGGAGAACAAUGUUUAAACAAAGUGAGAAUUUUUUAACAAGGUAGAAACUAUAAGAAAGUACCAGACAGGAAUCACAGAGCUGAAGAUACAAUAACUGAAAUGGAAAACUCAGGAGAGGAGUUCAGCAGCAGACAAGUAGAAGAAUGGAUCAGUGAACUCACAAGGCAGUGAAAAUUCAUCCUAUCAGAGGAACAAAGGGAAAAAAAAUGAGUAAAAACACCUUAAAGGACUUAGGUGACACCAUCAAGUGAACAAACAUGUGCGUUAUAGGGGGUCCCAGAAGUAGAAGAAAAAGAGAAAGGGGCAGAAAGCUUAGUCAAAGAAAUAUCACUGACAAUUUUCCUAACCUGGUGAAAGAAACAGAUACCAAAAUUUAGGAAGCACAGAGAAAUCCCCAAAAGAUAAACCUAAACAGCCCCACAUUGAGACACAUUAUAAUUGUGAAAUGUUACAGGAGAAAACCUUAAAAGCAGCAGGAAAAAAUGUGUUAUGUACAAAGGAGCCCUAAUAAGACUGUCAGCAGAUUUUUCAGCAGAAACUUUGUAGGCCAGAGGGGCAUGACGUGAUACAUUCAAAAGGACGGAAAUAUUAAAAAAAAACAAACAAAAACUGGCAAUCAAGAAUACCUAGCAAAGCUGUCCUUCAGAACUGAAGGAGGUGAUUUCCCAGACAAGCAACAGCUGGGGGAGUUCAUUACCACCGGAGUAGCUUUACAAAAAUGUUAAAAGGGACUUCAUCCACCUGAACCAAAGGAUGCUAGUUAGCGACAAACCUUUGAAAGUAUGUCUCACUGAAAAAUAUAUAGUUAAAUUCUGAAUUCUCUACUGUUGUAAUAGUGGCGGGUAAGUCCUUGUAACUCUAGUAUGAAGGUUAAAAGACAAAAGCAUAUUAAAAAUAAGCAUAGCUUAGAAUUUUUAAUGUAUACACAAGGUUAAAGUAUGUAAACUGUGACACCAAAAACAUAAAAUGGAGGGAGGAGUAGAGUGUAGAAAUUAAGUAUUUGAAGUUGUUAGAGCUUAAAAUACAUUGUUAUAAAUAUGAGAUGUUUUACAUAAGCCUACUGGUAACCACGAAGCAAACACCUAUACUAGAUACACAAAAGAUAAAGGAAUCUGAGCACACCCCUACCAAAAAAACCCAAAAAAAACCAAAAACCAUCAAAUCACAAAGGAAGAGAGCAAGACAUGAAGGAACAAAGGAAUUACAAUGCCGCCAGACAAUUAUGAACAAAAUGGCAAUAAUAAGUCCAUAUCUAUCCAUAGGAACUUUAAAUGAACGAAAUUCUCAAAAGACAGACUGGGGUGGGGCGGGGAAGAACUGGACUGACUUGGUAGUGCAGUGGGUAGGAAUCUGCCUGCCAGUGCGGAGGACAUGAGUUUGAUCCCUGGUCUGGGACGAUUCUACGUGCAACUAAGCCCAUGUGCCACGACUGCUGAGCCUAGGGCCCACAUGCUGCAACUGCUGAAGCCUACAGGCCUAGAGCCCGUGCUCCACAAGAGACGCCCCCACCGUGAGGAGCCCACGCACUGCAGCAGGGAGUAGUCCUGCUUGCCGUAACCAGAGAAAGCCUGCACAAAGCAAGUAAGACUGAGCACAGCCAGAAACAAAAGACCCGAUUAUAUGCUGCCUACGUGAGGCUCACUUAGGCUUUAAGGACAUAUACAGACUGAAAGUUGAAGGAAUGGAAAAAGAUUUCUCAUGAAUGGAAACCAGAAGAAAGCAAGGUAGCUAUAUUUAUAUUGGACCAAAUAGACACAGAAUGUAAUAAUCUAUAAAGGUCAUUAUAAUUAAGGGGUCAGUCCAACAAGAGAAUAAACAAUUGUAAAUAUUUAUUCACCUAACAUUAGGAGUACCUAAAUCUAUAAAGCAUAUAUUAACAGACCAAAGGGAAUUCCUUGGUGGUCUAGUGGUUAGAAACACUUUUUUAAAAAACUGCUUUUUAAAAAAAAAUUUGGUGCUUUAAAAAAAAUUUAGUUAUUUGGCUGCCUGGGCUCUUAGUUGUGGCAUGCAGGAUCUUCUGUUGGGUGCGUGGGCUCUCUAGCUGUGGUGCACUGGCUUAGUUGCUUUGUGCCACGUGGGACUCAGCUCUCUGGCCAGGGGUUGAACUUGCAUCCCCUGCAUUGCAAGGCAGAUUCUUAACCACUGGACCACCAGGGAAAUCCCAAGGCUUGGUGCUUCACUGCUGGAGCCUGAGUUCAAUCUCUGGUUGAAGAACUGAGAUCCUGCAAGCUGUGUGGUGCUGGCAGGAGAAAGAACAAAAACAAAAAAACAGACCUAAGGAAGGAAUAGAUAGUAAUCCAAUAAUAGGGGACUUUAACAUCCCACUUUCAACAAUGGAUAUUUCAUCCAGAUUGAAAAUCAGGAAAAUUGGAUUUAAAUGAUAUGUUAGACCAGAUGGAUUUAGAUAUAUUAGAACAUUCUAUCCAAGGGCAACAGAAUACAUGUUCUUCUCAAGUGCAUAUGGAUCACUCUCCAGGAUGGAGCAUACAAUAGGCCACAAAAGAGGUCUUAAUAAAUUUAAGGAGACUGAAAUUGCAUCAGGCAUCUUUUCUGACCACAAAGGUAUGAAGCUAGAAAUCAAUUAUAAGAAAAGUGGAAAAUCCACAAAUAUGUGGAGAUUAAAAACCAUGCUACUGAACAACCAAUGGGUCAAAGAAAAGCAAACAAAUAAAAAAAUAUUCUGACACAAAUGAAAACAGAAAUGCAAUGCACAAAAAUAUACAAUGCAGCAAAGCAGCUCUAAUAGGGAAGUCAAGAAAGGUCUCACACAAACAACCUACAUUCACACCUCAAGGAACUGGUGAAAGAACAAACUAAGCCCAAAGCUAGGAGAAGGAAGGGAAUGAUAAAGAUCAGAUCGGAAAGAAAUGAAACAUAGAUUGAAAAGAUAAUAGAAAGUGAAGAGCUGAUUUUUUUAAAAAGAAAACAAAUUAGAGUUACAAUGAAAAGGAGAAGCCUCAAAAUUACAAAUGAGAUAUAACAACUAUUAUUAGUACCACACAAUGAAUUGCAAGAGAGUAUGCUAAAUAGUUAUACACUAAAAGACUGCACAAACUAGAAGAGAUGGAAAAAUUUCUAGAACCAUAUAGCCUAGCAAGACUGAAGCAUGAAACAAAAGAACAUCUGAAUACACUAAUUACUAGUGAGGAGAUUUUAUCUGUCAUCAAAAACCUUCCAGUUAAGAAAAGUCUGGGACCAGACAGCUUCAUUGAUGGAUUUAACCAAGCAUUUAAAGAAUUAAUAAUAAUUCUCAAAUUCUUCCAACAAAUAAAAGGGAGGAAUCCUUCCAAACAAUUUUAUGAGAACAUCAUUACCCUGAUACCAAAAGCAAAAAAUCCACUAAACAGAAAACCACAUGCCAAUAUCUCUGAAGAAUAUAGAUAGAAAUAUCCUGAGCAACAUAUUAGCAAACCAAAAUCUACAGCACAUUAAAAGAAUUAUGCACCAUAAUUAAGUGGAACUUAUUUCAGGGAUGCGAUGAUGGCUCAGUAUCCAUAAAUCAAUGUUAUUAACCAGUUAACAAAAUGAAGGAUAAAAACCAUAAGAUUUCUCAAGAUGCAGAAAAAGCAUUUCAGCCUUUGAUAAAAUUCAACAUUCAUUCAUGAUAAAAGAAGAAAAACUUCCAAUGUAUGGGGUGUAGAAAGAAUGAGAUUCAACAUAAUAUAUGUAUGACAAGCCCACAGCUAACAUCAUACUGAUGAAAAGCUGAAAGUUUUUCCUCUUAAGAUCAGGAAUAUGCACUGGGAAACAAAUUUGCCUGUAGUGGUUUGCUUUAUUGCAGUGUCUGGAACUGAAACUUCAGUAUCUCUGAGCUAUGCCUGUAUUGAGAUUUUCUGUUCUUCUUUUUUUAACAAAUUGAAGCUUUACGGUAA